AUGACCAGGCCCGGCCUCCGGCAGAAGAUUGACCUGGUCGUACUGCGCACCCACCUAUCAGGCAGGGAUGACGCCGACCCUUCGUGCACCGUCACCGGAUCCAGCGUGUGGGGCCGCACGUUGGCCGACUAUCAGCCCAGCAUGGUGGACACCCUGAACUACUUGGAGAAGAAGCUGAAGCCUUUGUCGUCCGAGUCGCACUUCUGCGUCUCCAUGUCGGCAGCGGCUCGACGUUACGUCCCGGUAGGCCUGGGUGACAACGCCAAGAGCUUCGAGCCUGGCUCCCGUUGCAAGGCGUACGAUGACUCCGACUACGCGCGGGAGAUCGACAGCUUCGCCUCGGUCUGCAGCGACGCCGAAUACUCGGCGCACAUCAGGCGGGACGAGGUGCACGAGACGAUGCAUUCCUUCCGACUCAGUCCUCGCUCUGCGGUGACGUUCGAUAGCGAGGAUACGAUAUUUGCUAAGGUGAACAAAAGUGAUCGAUUUUCUUCCCUAUUCUUCAGCAAGUCCGACAAAAGUGCAUCAGUUCAAAUAGCUCCGUGA